CGUAACCGAAAAUUAAUUCAAGAACCACUCAACCUUCGCUACUAAAUCGUACCGGAACUACAACGCACAACGCAGCUUGGACUUGAACGGAAACACCUUACAGAUCGGGUCAUCGAUGCUCAUACUUUUACCCUAGUUUCUGAUGUUUUUUGGAGUUAUUUUGGGUGCGUUUUGAGCUAUCGGUCAUCAGAAAUAACGCUUUCGAAAGUCCGUUUCUCUGGAGUUUAUGCGUUUGUAAGAACAAUGUGCUUUUAGCGACGAAACACAUGUUUUGUGGGUAAAGCGUUUGUCCUGGAUGGUCGCUGAAAACAAGACGAUGCGAUGCUUCUCUUGUACAUCCUGUUUAGCUAUAUGGCUAAGGUCACAACACAUUUCCCAGGCGAUCAUACCCCUAAAGAAGCCCGAUGGUGCUGUGUAAAUGAUAAAGAAAUCGCGAAGUGUCAAGACUUGGCUCGUGUCGUCACAAAAGUACAGUCAAAUCUGUCUAUUUCUAUGAACGUUACAUGCGUCCGGGGAUUUAAUGUCACGCACUGCAUGUCACGCAUUUCACGCAACGAAGCAGACUUAGUCACGCUAUCGGAAGAAGAUAUUUACAAAGCAGGUAAAGACUAUAGUCUAGUCCCUGUAGUGGGCGAACAAAGUGGCCGUCAACCACAAACUAGCUAUUACGCUGUGGCACUCACUCUCUCCCAAGCUAGUCCCAGUCUUUCUCUGAAAUCGUUAAAAGGGGUCACUUCUUGUCAUCCUCGUGCUGGAGAUACCGCUGGCUGGAAAGUACCGAUAGGUUUUCUGAUAGAGAACAAUCAAAUGACUUGGAAGUCAUGUAGUACAUUUUUGUCUGCUGGGGCAUUUUUUGAGAAGAGCUGUGUCCCAGGARCAUUCAAACCAGAAAACAAUCCUCUGAAAGAAAAUCCCAGAAAUCUCUGCGGUCUUUGCCUYAAGGAAGACUGCCCUCCAGGAAAGUCUGAAAUGUAUUAUGGGAACCAAGGUUCCUACCUAUGUCUCGUAAGAAAACGAGCGGACGUUAUCUUCGUACGCCACACAACAGUAUUUGAAUUUACUGGGACCUUAAAUGAUUUAAACCCWGGRGACGAUUUUCGCCUGCUGUGUCCUGAUGGUACUAGAAAAGAUGUUGGCGAGUACAAGUCCUGCAAUCUAGCACGAAUUCCCGCCAGUGUUGUAAUGACAAGAGACGCUAGUAAAGAACAGUUCAGAGCCCGAGGAUACAGAUUACUUCUUUUAGAACUUGACAAUUAUCUCAAAAAGAACAAGCAAAUAUUUCAUUUAUUCAAUUCAACACAAUAUGCUGGCGUAAAUCUUCUCUUCCACGAUUCUACGUUAAACUUCGCUGAUGUUGGCGAGAGAAACACYACCGAUCGGUGGUUAGGCAAGAGUUACAAGAGAGUUUUAGACGCACUGAAUUCGUGCGAUAAAAYCAUCAAAGCAGCCCCAAGAUCCAACAACGGACAAAUCAUUUAUCUGCUAUGGUCUUGUCACGUGUUAGCUGCUGYUGUUGUAGUAAUAAGUCARUUGGAAUUUCUAUGGUGAACAGUUUUUAGGAAUUUUACAAUUACGCUGARCCAAUCAAUAAACCUUUAAGGUUUCACGUGGUUCUGGAUGGACCUAUCAAUGAGCUUGAAUGGUCAUAUCAYAUGGUACGURCUGCCUGGACCAAUCAAUAGACUUUAACAGGUCACGUGGCACUGGAUGAACCAAUCAAUAAGCCUGUUUAGCUUAUCAUCAUCCCGUCGAGUGGUCAGUGUAGAUGGACCAAUCAUUGACCUUGUUUUAUAUACCAUAACCGGAUCUAUCAACAAUUUUUUUAAAACAGCCCAGAAUUUAGUGGAUUCAGACAAUUUAAGAAUUAUAUUUAGAUAGCUUUAAGAAAUAAGCUUGCUCACUAAGUCAACUAUUCAAAUAUAAAUUUCUAAUGCGAACCCGAACAAUACAUAAARAUAUAACAAACGGAAAAUCAGGCACUUAUCCAUGUGGGAUAAAACAUGGAGAACRUUUGGCGCAUGCGUUAUAGCUAAAAAGACAGUCUUGAGAUGCAAUGUCAGAAAUAUUACUAGCGCAGGCACUAGGAUAAAAUGGAGGAGCUUUGGAGCACUCCACGAAUACUUUGUUUUCAAACACUUACGCCUGUUAUUAUUGAAAGCGGCCGUAAAUCACAGAAUAGUACGAGCUCAUCUCCUUACCAAGUGCAUAUCAGUUACACCGAGGUGAUGUGAGUACGAGAAGGCUUACAAGACUGUCCAUACUAGAGCGGAUUUCGUAUGACUGUACAAAAAACACGGUACUUUAGCGCUGUGACCGUACCAUGACGUAGCGGUGAUAUAUUGUUCUGUAUUUUUAUUUGGAAUCCUAGAAGGCGAGGUUCCGUGACCGUGCCGUGCCUUGCCGUGUUGUGAUCCGUGCCGUUGCACAGUCAUACGAAAUCCGCUCUAUAAUAUAGGUCUGUCAUUUAUCCAUGACACAAGCUCGGAAUGAAAUUCUACUGAAUAAACAUCGUAUUAAUCUUC